UCCGAGCCAUAAGGGGUACAUUAAGAAUUGGCUUAGCGCCGCGUUGCAUUAUCAGGAGAUGUGCGUGGAUGCAUUUCCCGCCGGAGAAGAGAGAACUAAGAUGAAAGAAGCCAUGAAAACCGGCAAGCAGCUAACAAGCAACGCCCUCGCCAUCGUCGGGGGCAUUUCCAAGUUCCUCUCCGUUCUCGGCCUCGACCGCAUCGACGGCCGCAACCUCGCCGAAAACACCACAUCCCUACCUCACAAAACCUCCCUCUCUUUCCACCCGGACGGCCUUCCAACGUGGAUCACCGACGAAACUCGCCGCCAUCUUAGGGAGAAGCUACAGAACAAGCUCCGGCCGAACGUCACCGUCGCGAAGGACGGAAGUGGAGACUUCAACACCAUUAAUGAAGCUCUCAAUGCCAUGCCCAAGAAGUACAGUGGAAGGUAUGUGAUUUAUGUGAAGGCCGGAAUCUAUGAGGAGCAUGUGGUGAUGGGGAAGGAGAAGGUGAAUGUGACCAUCUAUGGAGACGGAUCGCAGAAGUCUAUCGUUACUGGAAGCUUGAAUUGGGUCGACGGGGUGCAGACCUCCCAAACUGCCACUUUUGCCGCAACCGGCUUCGGCCUCAUGCUCAUUGGAAUGGGCUUCCGCAACACCGCCGGCCCACAAAAACACCAGGCCGUCGCCCUCCGCAUCCAGUCCGACAACGCCGUCAUCCUCAACUGCCGCAUGGAGGCCUACCAAGACACUCUCUACGCCCAAGCCCACUACCAAUUCUACCGCGGCUGCGUCAUCACCGGCACCGUCGACUUCAUCUUCGGCGACGCCACCGCCGUCUUCCAGAACUGCCUCAUCGUCGUCCGCCGCCCCCUCGACAACCAGCAGAACAUCAUCACCGCCCACGGCCGCGCCGUGCGCUUCGAAGACACCGCAUACGUCCUCCAAAACUGCCGCAUUACCGGGGAGCGGGCCCUCCCCGCCGGCGACAGGCCUCCCAUACGCAGCUAUCUCGCCCGGCCGUGGAAGGAGUAUUCACGGACCAUAUUCAUGGAAUCGGAAAUCGGGGAGUUCAUAAAUUCGGAUGGGUAUAUGCCGUGGGAAGGUAAUUUUGCGCUGGACACGCUGUUCUACGCGGAGUAUAGUAACCGGGGCCGAGGAGCGGACACGUCGCGGCGGGUGAGGUGGCGGGGGGUGAAGGUGCUGACGAAGGAGGAGGCGAUGGGAUGGACGAUUCCUCAUGUUUACGCCAUUAAUGAUUUUAUUCCGGCGAUAAGCGGAAGUCUUGCGGUGGUUCGGAAGGGGUUUACGACGGCUUAGGGUUUUGUGUGGAGAAAGGUUUGAAUUUCUGAUUUUUAUUCAUUGGGUGAUUUAUUCGUGGGGAAAUUUUUUGAUUUUUUAUGAAGAUGUCUGAAAAAAAAAAA